AAGUGUGGCCCAGAUCCAGGCCGGGCCGAAUGAAUAUCCAGUUGGCAGCCCGCUGUGCGGCGAGGGCGGUCGGCGACAUGGUGAAGACGAGAUGUGUGACGGGAUUGGGGCGACCACCCGACGCAUGUUCUAUCUUGGCGCCGACUUGAGUAACGUCCACAGAGCAUGCAUGCAUACCCCCCCACCCCCUACGUUACCUGGGUAACGUCUCGACUAUUGUUGGACAAACUCUAAUGUUUGUGCUUUUCCAUUAUCCAUCGUGGCUGUU